CAUUUCGACCAAUAACACAGCGACACGCCUCAUUCCUAUAACACGCGGCAUGAACACGAAUUGCGAGGGUUGUAGACAACUCGUCCUCGUAGCAUUCUAUCGUUUGUACUGGUUGCACCGAAACUGAUGGUUCAAACUGCAAUUGCAACAUUCAAGAAAGGCGAGAUCGCAUAGGACAAGAUGUCUAAGAAUAUGGAUAUCUGAGCGACAAAUGUUGCUUUCCCACCCGGGACGCCACGGCGGAGGUAGACGUCUCGCGCCGUUAGGUACUCCACAGGCAACUAGCUGAAAUAAUUAGCAGACGAGAUUCGAUGCAUGCCGUUAUAUAAACAGAGCAAAAAUGACGAACACUACAUUCUUAACUUUGGUUCUUCUUGUCAUCAUCAUUUCCACAACACAUGGAGGUAAUGCUGAAGAUGAGGAGGAUAAACCUUCAGAGAAGUGGAAGAAAAAAGACGUUAGAGAUUACAAUGAUGCAGAUGUGGAGAGAUUGUUCGAGCAGUGGGAGGAAGAUGAAGAGAAAGAUCCCGAUGACUUGAUGGAACAUGAACGACCAGCACCAAAAAUCGACUUCUCCAAGAUGGAUCCCAAAAAUCCUGAGGGCAUUCUUCAGAUGAGCAAGAAGGGCAAGACCUUGAUGAUGUUUGUGACUGUCUCCGGUGACCCUACUCAGGAGGAAGCAGAAACUAUCACCCAACGAUGGCAGGAUCAACUUUUUAAUGCAAAUUAUCAACUCCAGAGGUAUAUGGUAGACAGCAACAGGGCCAUCUUCCUCCUUAAGGAUGGCGCCCUCGCUUGGGAGAUGAAAAACUUCCUCAUCGAGCAGGAUCGUUGCUACGAGGUAACUAUCGACAACAAGAGCUACUAUGGCAAGGGCUCUGGAAGGAUGGAUGAAAACACACCUGCCGGUGCGAAGAAAGAUUCCAAGAGUAAGACAAAAAAAGGGAAGGGAAAGAAGAAGAAAAAAGCUAAAGUUGAGGAUAAUAAGACAGAAUUGUAAGUAUUGUAUUCAUUCAAAUGAAUAAAGAUACUUUCAUGUACUUCGGUCUUGUUAAUGUUAAGUACUGGAGCACAAGUGUACCGUGUUAGCUGUCUUUAUUGUGAACAUUGGUGUAAUGAUGGUUUGUUUGUAUAUGUUUGUUUGCUCUGAGCAAUAACUUUAUUGAUAUGGUGUAUAAUAGAUUUCGUAAUAUAUAUUUUCAUACGAUGUUUUUUCUAUUCAUAAAUUGCUCCUUCCAUUUAUGCACCCUUUUGUCUCAUGAUGUUGUUGGCUUUAGGAAUAUCCUAACAUGAACAUGACAUUGAUGUAUAUUCUAAUGAUCACUGUUUAGAGAUGCACAUGUGGUAUAUAUUAUUCUAAGUGUUAGAUAAUGUUGAUUUUUGUAUUACCUACAAUAAUGACAUAGUUCAACCAACUUUUGGAGAAGUGUUGAGCUAUUUCCGGUAGAUUUUCAAGUCUCAUUUGAUUUUGAUAAAUUCAUUCAUGUGCAUUUUGGACGAUUUUAUGCCUCCAUUAUUCACAUUCUCAAAUCAUACAUGUUUCCAAAGAGUGACUAAAAAAAGUGUAUUCUUAACCCUACAACCAUCAGGGGUGGGGCAUGAAUCAGUGAAACAUAAUUGUUUGGAAUGCUACAAAGAAUAUUUAAAUCUAUACACAAAAUAGCAUUGUAGGAGCUUUACUCGC